AUGCUAGACAGAGGCUGUCGGGAUUUCGUAUUCCUUUCGCGGUCCGGAACCGCCAACGCCGAAGCCGCCGGCGUCGUGAAGCGUCUCGAGGAAUCGGGUGCCUCGGUCGGCGUCUUCUGCGUUGACGCAAGCGAUGAGACGGCUGUCACGCGCGUUAUUGCAGAUGUAUCCUCCACCAGGCCGAAUAGCGGAGUCAUUGACGUGGCCAUGGUCCUUCAGGACGGAUUGUAUGAAGGUAUGACAAUCGAGCAGUAUCACGCAGUUCUCAAGCCCAAGAUGCAGGUGGCUUUGGCUCUAGAUAAAGCGCUUGGCUCUACCGCCCUUGACUAUUUGGACUCCCUGGCUCUCUGCCGGCGCAAGCGGGGUCUGGCAGGCUCUUCCAUUGCCCUUCCCAUGAUCGAAGAUGUGGGAGUGGUGGCAGAGAACGUGGCGAUUGCGGACUCUCUCACGCGAAAGAAUCCAUUUGGGAUAGAUGAGCGCGAGAUGCUCGUGGCCAUGAAAGCUGCCAUUAUCCGAAGCACCGUGGGUAGGGCCAAACCGUCAUCCGACAACCAGAGCAUUUCUCCGAUCGAGGAUGCCCGACUCGUGUAA